AUGACGGCUGUGGAGUCGACCCACGAAGACCGCCUGGCGGUGGCCGAGGAGGAGCGCCUCGCAGUGCCGGCGUCGAAUGGACCCGACGCAGAGGCCUCCCGUGAGGCCCAUCCGGCCGCCAACGGCGCCGCCGAAGUCGAGGUGGCCGCUGCGCCGCACCGUGACGGCGCAGACGAGCCGGUGGACCACCCGGAAGACGGGUCGCAAAACCCACCGGACGCGGAGGGCGGUGUGGACAUCCCGCGUGAGGACGACGACAGCGAAGGCGACGGGGAGACGCCCGCGAAGCCGGAGGUGGUCCUCCGUGCGCCGGUGCUGGCGCGACACACGCAGGUGGCGAGUCGUCCUUCGCCGAACACGCAGACACCGCCGAAGGGCGACCAUCACCACAACGGCGCCGCCCCCACCGCCAAAUCGCACGCGGUCCCCUACGAGGGCGACGACGUCGUACGCAUGAAGCGCACCAGCAAGAAGAAGGCGAAGAGGAGUGCCCCUGCACACAGCAAGGAGGCCGCGACGGCGGCGGCGGAGCCAAAGGACUCUGGGGAGAACACCAAUGGUGCUGCUGCCGCUGCUGAGGCGCCGGCAAAGGAACGGAAGAAGAAGGUGACGGUGAAGAAAGUCAAGCACGAGGACCCGCAGCCCAAGGAGGAAGGCGCGGCGGAGGCGGCCCCCAAGAAGAAGGUGAAGAAGGUCGUCAAGGGCCAUCAUGAAGAGGCGGAGGGUGCUGCCCCGGCCGAGAAGAAGAAGAAGAUCCUCAAGAAGAAGGCCAGCAAGAAGGCGACGGAGGCGGAAGCCGCGGAUGCUGGCGCUGCUGCGUCGCCGGAAGCCGUGAAGGCGAAGCCGACCCCGAAGAGGAGGCACCUCGCCACGAAGCCGAAGGAGGCCCCGGUUGCCGCGGAGGGCGAUGCAGCGAAGAAGGCAGCGAAGAAGAAAGUGAAGAAGGCUCCCAAGAAGGCCCCCGAGGCCCCGGCGGAGGCGGAGCCCGUCGUGGUGGUGGUGGCGGACACGCCCGCGCCGGAGGGAGAUACGGAGGAGCCCGUCCCGCGUGACGUCCAUCCUGAGGCGGAGGCGGCCCCGGCAGCGGCUGCGGCAGAAGUGAAUAAAGAGGAGGAGGAGAAGGAACGCGAGAGCGAUGCACGCCGCCUUGGCACCGACCUCCCUCCCGAGCCUUCCAACACCGCUGAAGAGGAUGUUGACGUGGUGGACUCCCCUGCGGAUGCGACGCCGGAAGGCGCGAAGAAACAAGCCGAGGCGGAGCUCUGA